GCUAUUCGUUACGACUCUUCGGUCGGUGAUUUUCUAUGCCUUUCUGCUUUGUAGAGGUUACACGAGCCCGUUAAAAUGGGUCGUCGACCUGCAAGAUGUUACAGAUAUUGUAAAAACAAACCGUAUCCGAAGUCUCGCUUCUGUCGUGGUGUACCGGAUCCGAAAAUUCGUAUUUUUGAUUUGGGAAAAAAGAAGGCUUCGGUGGAAGAUUUUCCUCUUUGCGUACACCUUGUUUCCGAUGAAUAUGAACAACUUAGUUCAGAAGCACUUGAGGCAGGUCGUAUUUGUGCAAAUAAAUAUAUGGUGAAGAAUGCUGGUAAGGACCAGUUUCACAUUCGAAUGAGACUUCAUCCUUUCCAUGUCAUUAGAAUAAACAAAAUGUUAUCGUGUGCUGGAGCCGAUAGGCUUCAAACUGGAAUGCGAGGUGCUUUUGGUAAACCCCAAGGAACUGUCGCGCGUGUACAUAUUGGACAGCCAAUUAUGAGUAUCAGAUCAUCUGACCGUCAUAAAGCUGCAGUUAUCGAAGCUCUCCGACGUGCUAAAUUCAAGUUUCCUGGACGUCAAAAGAUCUAUGUUUCUAAAAAGUGGGGUUUCACAAAAUACGACCGUGCUGUAUACGAAUCUCUUAAACUCGCUGGACGGUUAGCUCCUGAUGGUUGCAACGUUAAAUAUUUACCGGAACAUGGACCUCUUGAUCAAUGGAAAAAAUUCAGAGAAACAUUGGCUACAGCUUAAUAAUAAAGAAACUGAUAAAAUCUGUAUU